CAGUUCUGUUGCACCCUAUUUAAUGGUCACUACAGAAAUAAUGUAUUUUAAAUGGGCAGGUUUAAAUGGGCAGGGCAGGUUUGCUCCCAGUCUGUUCUCUCUGAUAAGAUGUGUUUGUUUACCUUCUCACUCUACUACUUGACUCUGUAACAGUCCCAAAUUUCCUGGUGUCCAUUCAAUUCACUCCAUCGCUGCGAGACAAUGAAGGAUACACACACCCUGCUCAUUCUGCUUCUGCUGCUAGUGUACCUAGCAGGAUCAGCUUUUACCACUGAUGGAGGGAGUGGCAGUACCAAUGGUCCCUUGGAACUAACCAUAGUGGGACCUGACUUUGUUAAAGUGGGCGUGCCACGCAGCUUUGACUGUGCCGCCCAGUGCUCUCCCUCCUGCAGCUACAGAAUGAGUAUCUACGGGCAGAUUUGGCAGGGCAACAAGCUAUUGUUCACAGCUCGCCAAUGGGAGGAGUCCCUAAACCUUACAUGCACUGCAAGGAAUGAUGACUCUGGGAGGUCCUCUACAGUAUCAAAGAUACUCCAGGUUUUAGCUGGACCAACAAACGUAUCGAUCACAGGCCCUGCCCUGAUGACCCCAGGGGCCCCUCAACGCUUCCAAUGUAACGCCGACUGCCGUCCCUCCUGCAACUACACCUGGAAGAUAAAAGGCCGAUGGCUCGGGGGACAGGGGAACGAGAUUAUCGUAACUCCCGAAGAGUUGGCCACAUCUGUUACCCUGAACUGCAAGGCCAUCAACAGUGUGUCUGGGUUCUAUGCCAUGGCAACCAGGAAAAUACCUGUGACAUCUGGUCCAUCAGAGGUCCACAUCAUAGGCCCAGAAUCUGUUGCAGUCGGCUUCAAGUCCAUGUUUCAGUGCAUUGCCAAAUGCACUCCCGCUUGUGACUACCACUGGACCAUUGAUGGUCACACUGUCCAUGGCAGUGAGAUGGAGAUGACGGUCGAGCAACAUGUGAAGCCAGAGAAGAUUAUGUGCCACGCUCAGAAUACGAUCUCAACUCAUUUUGAGGUGGUCACCAAGACCGUACGAGUGGAAGGUACAACAGAAAUCUCAUGAUUAUACGUUUUAGCAACUACCUUAAUUUUAGGAGACUAAAUCUUUAACUGAUGUAUAUGGUCUUUAUGAUGCUGUCAUAAACAUUAUUUGUCCUAA